AUGUCGAGCUCAUCCUCCGCUGCCGCGGGCUCGGAAUCCAAGCUCUCAGAGAGGUACAAGCGAAAACUGACUGAGGCAAGGAGAGAGCAAAACCGACGAUCGCAGCGCGUCUGGCGCGAAAAGCAGAAGCAUCGUCGAGACGAAGAGAUCCGAGAGAAGGUCACGCAGGAGUUGGCAAAGCGGGCGAGGGAACAUGCGCCGCAGCUUUCCGCAGUCGAGGGCCAGGUGCCUUUGACGGAAUCAUUGGAGACUGGCAGAGAAUCGUCUAUUGCCUUGGGAGAGCCACUUCAUGACGAGAUAUUGACAGAAACAGAUAUCCACAAGGCGGCAAGCAAUACGACACCCCUGCCAGAGCCGGUUCUUCCAUUGAGAGUUGCUGUGUAUUACUAUGUACCGCCAAUCCCGGAUGCUCUUGAUAUGCGACACUUAUGGCCCAUCCCUGACGAUAUCGACUCCAAGACAUAUACGCUUCCACCGGGUGUCGUUUCAGGGACGAGCCCGCUGAGUAGCCUGUCUCCUUCAUUGUCUCCUUUGCGACAGGCGUCGCCACUCCAGUGCUCCCCUCAGGUCGCGCCACGUUCUUCCUCUUCAGCGUCUCGGAGCAUCUCACGAACGCGGCCAUCCCUCCCAUCACCCUAUAAGAACAAUCUGAAGCUGGUUGGAGAGUCGUGUUUCGCAGCAACAAUGUCGAUCGCUCAAAGCCUAGGCAUUUCAAUCGUCUCCUAUGUCAACGACCAUCCUUCUCCGUUCUCAACCAGUUCCAACGCCAAUAUCCACACUAUCCCAGUUGAUCUCCGACCCACGGCCCACCAGCUCAUCAUUCCUCAUCCAUCGUACCUGGAUUGCAUCCCCUUCCCACACUUUCGGAGUAUGGCCAUCUACCUCUCGAGUGUCAAGAAACUUGAUCAUAUGAGCCUCUUCCUUGACUUGAUUCACGACGGCUUGGUCUGUUGGGGACGCGAGCGCGCCAACGGAGACUACGGAAGGAGUAUGCGAGACGGCGUGGCUUGGAACAAGCGGAGUUGGGAAGUCAGGCGGUGGUUCUGGCGCAAAUGGGGCUGGAUCGCUCGGAUGACUGUUGAGGACAUUGACCGUGGCAUAACCACGCAACAGACCGAGGAGGAAUUUGACGACGAGGACGGAAUGCUGAGUGGCAGCCAAUGGUGGUGGUCUCUGCAUGACGACGAAGAAGGUAUUUUACCUGCCGGAGACGCGGGGACAAGCUCGUCAGGGGGCUUUGUCCCAGGUUCGGAGGAGCUGGGCAGCCUUCUCAGUCGCCACGUUGUCUGUAAUGCUGGAGUACGCCAGACAAACGAGAACCACCUGGUUAUGAACUGGGACUGA